AUGAAAAAAACUAAUUUUUCAAAAGAAGAAAUUCGUCAUCUAUAUCGAACAUUUAAACAAGAUAGUCCAUCAGGACAAGUAACCAAAGAACAGUUUGCUUCAAUAUUUUCAACACUAUUUCCAACUGGUGAAUGUUAUCGUUAUGCGAUAUUUCUUUUUCAAAAUAUUGAUCGAUCAAAUACGAAUAUAAUUCGAUUCGAAGAUCUUGUUACAACAUUUUCUUUACUUGUUCAUGGUUCCAUUGAAGCUCGUCUUGGUUGGAUUUUUGAUUUAUAUGAUAUAAAUAAAGAUGGAAUAAUAACAAGAACGGAAUUAUUUCAAUUGGUUGCAUCAAUAUUUCAACUUAUAAUGCCUGUUGGUAAACUUAAUUAUGCACCAAUUAUGAAUGCUAUCCAAGAACGAACUGAUGAAUUAGUUGAUGCUUGGGAUAUUCAUGGAAAUGGUCUUGUACAUAAAGAAGAUUUUCUUCAAUAUUGUUUACAGAAAAAUAAAGAUCUAGAAGAACUUUAA